AUGCAAGAUAUACCAGAAUGUCUAAGUCGACGAUAUAAGGCGUUGGAUAAACUUAUUGAUGAUUUAAAUACUUUUGAACCAAACCCUAAUGUUGACUGUUCAUCUAAUGACCCAAGCAUCAGACUAUUAUGCGAUUUUUGGAAUAUACUUAAGGAAGACCCUGAUGUCAAUUUGUCACAAGCCGUUCAGCAACGUAUGUGUGUGAAUACGAGAAGUGGUUUGUUUGGAUCGCAACAAAUCAGCUGUUAUAUGGCAGGAUGUUGUAAGAAAAAUGAAGAUAAAAAACAAGAACCUUCAAGUAAACCUAAAACUAUGUGUAGUAGUAAACCAAGCAGCGAUAGUACACAAAAGCACAAGUGCCAGGCGGCAAAAUCUAAAUCUACACCACCACCGCCUGUUGACGAGCUACCAUUAAAUAAAGUUUUAUGUAAUUUGAAAGAGGCUGCUUCAUUUGAAAAGAAAUGUCAAACCAAAGUCAAUGAUUUAUUAGAAACACAAACGCAAUUGCAAGAGCAAAUUCAAGUUUUGGAACAAAGAGAGAAAGACGGUAUACAGUUGCUGAAACAGGCUGAUUGUAUGUGGUCUUGUAUGGAGGAAACUUAUAAAAAGAAGAUAGCUGAGUCUUUGGAAAGACAAAAAGAUUUAUUGAAGCAGCUUAAAGAAGUUGAAGCAAGUAAUACAAAAUGGCGUAAAAAUAAGAAGGAUUUAGAAUUUCAAAUGAACAAUAUCAAUAAAUGUCACCAAGAAAUGAUAGAGAAGAAAAAUCAAAAAAGUAGUGAUCUUAAUUGUAUUGACGUGGAAAUAGAAGAUUUAAAAAAACGCAUAGACAGUAAUAAAAAAGAUAUUGAGGCAAUAAAGAAGUCUUUUGGAACAAAGAAACAAAUUUCCGAAAAUAAAAUUAACAAUAUUGCCAAAGAGGUCACGAGAUUAGAGAAUGUUUUGAAAGAAGAGCAAAAGCGUAAAAAGUUAAAAGAGCAAGAAGGUGACAAGUACAUAAAAGAUGCAAGAGAGGACCUGCAAAAGCUGUGUAAAGUAUUGUUACAGAAAAAACUAGAGAAAGAAGACUUGCUAGCGGAGGGAGAUGCGUUAACACUAGAAGUUGAAUUAUUAAAAGAAAAUUAUGAUCAAUGUAAAGAUAAAUGUAAAAGCAAGCAAGAAGCAGUCGAAGAAGAAAUUAAGAGUAUUGAUAAAGAAAUUGCUGAAUUCAAAGUUAAAUGUAUACAAUGUCAUGAAUGUACUGAUACAAUGGAUAUCAGAAAGUUUUGUAUUGACUGUCCACGAUGUGUUGAUGAAAGAGAUUGUUUGUAUGAAGACGAUCAUUGUAGUCCAGAUAAAGCAUUGGAUUGUGUAUGUACAACAGUAAAACAGAAAUUCCUGGAUAACGUCUUUGAUAAUAUGUAUACUGUCUUAGAAAGGCAAAUAAAAUCGGGUCCAGGAAAAGCGGUAGCCGAUGCAGUUUUAAAUUGCUUAAAAAGAAGUAGAAAUGGAAAAUUAAAUUCAGAGACGAGAAAAAUUCUACAGGAUUUUAUUUUGACAACUGUAAAGAAAAACUUAAAUUUGACUAUUGUCGGUGGCGCUGUUAAAACAAGAUGUGAGAUGGACGCUGAAACUUACAAACAACUCAUGCUUUGUCUCAAACAAGUUAAGGUUACGAAACCAGUCAAAGUCGAUAAGGGAACGGAAUCUAAAAAGGAACCAUGUCGAAGAUGGGGUGGUACCAGUGAAUGUAAUUGUCCAAAGGGACCUAAAGAGUGUAUUUGUACCAAGAAAGCACCGCAACGUUCAAAUGAACCUACGACUUGCCCACCAGCAGAAAACAAAGAAGAUAAGGGGGAAGUUGUAUCGUGUCCUUAUAAGGAAACAACCGCUUGUGGAGUAGAUUGUGCAAUGCAUGAAUUACCUAACACAGUUGGAAGCGAAGUGGCAUCUUGGAAACCUAAUCCUUGUCAGGGUCCAACUUGCCAGUUUAAGAAUAUGCGUGCAGCUCAAUGCAUUCUUGGACCUGAAUCAUUGUCUACGUACUCAAAUACAAAAAUAUCAGUAUGUGAGGUUCCACGUAAAUGUGAGCAUUCCUCGACAGAUCCUUAUGUUUGUUAUAAAGAUCUAGGAAGUCGUCCUCGAGAACGUAUUAUUGAGGAAGUUUUGGGUAAAUACACAGAAAUAACGCCGAUAGAGAAAGUGAGCUAUACCAUGAUUAGCAGUGACUCCAUUGAUGCUAAAAAUAUGCCUUCGAAAAAUUCACCUUCUGGAAAUAUAAUUCUUGAAGCAUUUAAGCCAAUUCAUGGUAAAGCAAUUAAUAACCUAAAUAAGGAAUUAUAUGAUAAAAUGCACGAUGUAAAGAGAGACGACGAAUGUAAUUUAGUCCCUUUUAAGGGUCAUAAUUGUCUUGACAGAAAGGAUGUGCAUAAUUUGAAUUCAAAUAAACCCAAGGAACAAAAACACGAAAGUGAAAAAAGCCAUAGAAUACAUAAAGUUGAAGUCAAAGGCAUUAAUUUUAAAAACCCAGGAGUAUAUGCACUAAAAGAAACUAGAUCAGGGAACUAUCAAAUAAUUUUGGAUAAGGAAUACGAAAAAUUUAAUAAGCAAGUAAUCAAAGACUAUGAAGGUGAUUGCCAUUUAGAAUAUGUUCAGCUAAUGAACUCUGAGUCGGGACACUUUAUAUUGAAUUUUGAAGAAAAUCAUAACAAAGAUGCGAAGAAAGCACUAUUAGUUAAAACAGAAUCUGGAAAUUUGAAUGUAUUAAUCAACAAAUUAAAUACCAAUCAUUUAUCGAAUAUAUCAAAUUCAAAAGUAUCUAUAGUAACAGCCAAUGCUCUUAGUGAACUUCUGAGUACAUCAGUAUCACUAAACAAAGAAUUUCACAUGGAUAGUACAAGAAAUUCUCGCUUACUAGAUAUAAAGUCUAAUAGUGACUCAAAUUUGUACAAAAAAGACAAAAUCAGUUUCUCAGUUGAUAAUAAUAAAGAGGCUUAUAAUGAAGACAUUGGGCAUGUUAAAAUGUUUGAAAGUAAAGCAAUUGCUACAUCUUGUAAUGCUCGGUGUCACGAUAAUUCUUGCAAUAGAAGUAAAUGUGUUUGUAAAAACUUGUGCUAUAAAUCAAAACAGUGGUUUUGGGAAAACUCUAUCCGUGAUACGAAUAAAAAAAUAUGUGGUAUAAAUAAUGUACAACAUGAUAAAAAUUUCUUUCAGAGUUAUAAUACAAAUGAGUUUAUAUUGUAUAAAAGAGAUGAUGAAGUAGAAAUUUUAAAAAAUCCCCCUCAUGAAGUAAAAAUACCAUGCGGUGGUUGUUUGGCUGUCGACAAAGUGCCUCAAGAACACAAAAUUUGCGACCUAAAUGGUUCCUGUCCCUAUGGGAUUGAUAAUUAUGAGUCAAUUCAAAGUGAUUUAUUAAAAACUAAUUCCUACAGCAAAAAAUAUAAUAUAGACGAAUACGAUUUGGAAAAAUUAAAUGAAAGUAAACUAAAAAAUAAAAAGGGAGAUAAUCAAAAUUAUUUACGUUGGGACUCCAUGGAACAUUUUCCUCCACAGCUACCAUCAUUUCUAAGGGAUUUUACCUUUAUUUAAAAAAAUACACUUUAUUUUUAUUAUGGGUUAUGAUUGUUCUUAAAAGCCUUGGUAAAUAAAAUGUCUAAACCUGAUUUAAUAAAUGUCAAAUCCAAAGUG